AUGUCUAUCUACCACGAUUACAAGCGAUUCUCGAAGCACGAGUCUGCCUUUGGCGGCUUCGCUGCUUCGAUGAGCGGCAACCAGAUGCCCUUCUCUCCCAUGCUGACCCCCAAGCACGAGGCUGUCGGAGAGUUUGGCAAGACUGGCCACGCUCAUGCUCAGACUGCUGCCCCUCAGCAGCCCCAACAGAUUGAUCCCCUAGUUGCCUCUCUCACCCCGGCAACUGGUACAAUUUCGCCCCAGGAACUCAUGGGCCACAGCUUUGGCAACGACGACUUUGAUGCCUCUCCUAUCUUCGGUGAUGCCGACCUUGGAGACUGCAACAACUGGGAGUCGCUGUUCAAUGACGACGCUGCUGCUCCCCAGGCCAGCCCUGCCCCCCAGGUUGCGCCCGUCGCUGUCAAGGCUGAGCCUGACGCUGAGCUCAUGCCCUUCCCCAUGGCCUUCACUCAGAACAUUGACUCGUUCGCUCCUACUACCGUGUCUGCUUCGGUCAGCCCUGCCUCCAGCAGUGUUGGACCUGAAUCUCUCGGCGGUAUGGAUGUGAACCCUCUCAAGCGACCGCGAGAUGGCUCUGAGUCUCCCUCUUUUGAGAACAAGAAGGACCAGCAUGGUCUUACUGCUUACAACCGAAAGCCUCGACAGGCUCCUCUCUCUCCCAUUGUUGUUGAGGAGGGUGCUGACUCUGUGGCCGUCAAGCGAGCUCGAAACACCGAGGCCGCUCGACGAUCCCGAGCCCGAAAGAUGGAGCGAAUGUCCCAGCUUGAGGAGCGAGUCGAGGAGCUUCUGACUCGAAACAAGGAGCUCGAGGCCGAGGUUGCCCGACUCCGUGCUAUGCAGAAGUAA